AGAAUGGUGGGUAUUAAGUAUGUUACUCCAUGGGGUAGUACGACGCUAGGUAUGAUUCUGAUGUUCCUUCCCCAGCUGUGGAUCUGACCGAUGUUCUCCAGACAGGUGUCGCCCUCGCGCAGGAGAUCAACUGCCGAUCCAAGCGAUGGGCCUGUCCAGCCUGCCUGCUCACCAGCAGUGUGCCACCCGCGGUAUAUUUCCAUGAUGGUGGCGCACAGUCCAGGUCAGCAUCUCAAUUCAGGAUGCCUGCCUGCAGGCCGUGUCGAUCUGAUGAGGUGUCCUGUGCCGUCUCCGUAGCAGUGGACUCGUUGGGCGCCUGAAGCGGACAACGACUCCACAAUUCUCGCGUGCUGAGUGGGUGCUACAAUCCACGCACUGAG